AUGUCUACGUCGGAUACCACAGAGCAGCCGCCAGAUGAUCUGGAAGCUCAGUUUUUAAGUCGGAUGGCGAAGCUGACAAUCAAAGAACCGGAGGUGAACGAUAUGGACGACGAGCUGUGCAAAACUCCGACGAGGCCAGAAAACCAAAUACGCGUUCUCAACUGUCCGCCUGCACCCAGAAAGAAAAGACCAGCUCCUUCAUCAACUUCUAAGCGCCUCUACACCGUUCAGUACGUCAUCGUGCUUCAGGAGACCAUAGACGCUUUCUUCCGAGCUUCUGGCGAGUCAUCCAGGGUUGUCAAGAGGCGCAGAAUUAAUUAA